AUGAGCCACGCAGAAAGGAGGGAAAAAAAGGCAAAUCUCCGCAUCCCGGCAUUCGAAGAAAGCAAGAAUUUUUCUGCGAGCAACGUAGGAAGAAGGCCACCGGCCGUCGGAAAGGGUAAAAGAAAGAGAUUUUGAGAUCAAAAAGCCAGGAUGUACCGCUUCAGCAACUCGGUGAUCGGGUGCCUGAACCUGUUGACGCUCCUGGCGUCGGUCCCGAUCAUCGGCGGCGGGCUGUGGAUGUCGAAGAGCUCGGCGACGUGCGAGUCGUCGCUGCAGACGCCGCUCCUGGUGCUGGGCUUCGUGGUGCUCCUCGUCUCCCUGGCCGGCUUCGUGGGCGCGUGCUUCAACGUGGCCUGGGCGCUGUGGCUCUACCUCCUCGUCAUGCUGCUCCUCAUCGGGACCCUCCUCGGCCUCACCGCCUUCGGCUUCGCUGUCACAGCCGGCGGCGGCGGGGUCCAGGUCCCUGGUCGCCCCUACCACGAGUACCGCCUCGACGACUACACCGGAUGGCUCCGCCGAAGGAUCACGGAGCGGCAGUACUGGAAGGCGGCGAUGGCAUGCGUCGUCGGGUCGAAGACCUGCGCCAAGAUCGCUCUCUGGACGCCUCUGGACUAUCUCCAGCGAGACCUCUCCCCGAUACAGUCGGGCUGCUGCAAGCCGCCGACAUCGUGCACCUACGGCGCCGGGGGGGUGGUGAUGGCGCAAGACGAGGACUGCUACCGGUGGAACAACGCAGCCAACGUGCUGUGCUACGCCUGCGACUCGUGCAAGGCUGGCGUGCUGGAGCAGGUGCGGAGGGACUGGCACAAGCUGUCCGUCCUCAACGUCGUCGUCCUCAUCUUCCUCAUCGCCAUCUACACCAUCGGCUGCUGCGCCUUCCGCAACGCCCGCCGCGCUGAAUCCGAGUAUCCCUACGAAGAGAACCGGAUGUCGAAGAUACGCCCUCGCUGGGACUACUUCUGGUACUCGGACCCACUUUGCUACUCUCCUCUCUGCUCCAAGCACGGCAGAGAUACUAAAGCAGAACUUGUGUCUCGUUGCAGGUGGAGAUGGUUGCGGGACAGAAGAGAACAGCUCUACUAGCGACUUUGUUGUCUUCUCCAUGCAGUCAGCCAGCCAGCCAGCCCAUGGCUGUCAAAUAGUGUGUAAUAGGCGUAGGCUGUAUCGCAAGUUUGCAAGGUUCAGUUGUCUGUGAAGGAACGGAGCUGUCGAUGGUUGCAGCUUCAUGUUGUUGACAUAAAACAUCAGACUUGAUCUGCAAUCUGUAUGAAAAUGUUUCACAAGUUGAUGCUGAGGGCCAUAAUAGCUGAUAGAGCGGAUAUGUAAUCUGUAUGAAAAUGUUUCUUCGUUUGUUGUAUGCGUGAAAGAGAUGAAUCGUCUCCAUCA